UAGAGGUUGAGUUUUAAAAUUGCACACACACACAAACCAAAAGAGCCUCUGAUUAGACGUGGUGUGCGUCACCUGCUCAUCUAACCGCCUACCAAUAACUGAAGAAGUGUAAUUCUACUGCCAGACAUGGCAUCGAUAAAAGAAAGAGCCGCGGCCUUGAACCUUGCGGAAAAGCUGUGUGUUCGUCCUCAAGCACAUGGAGUGUCCAGUAAACCGGCCCAGUCGUCCUCCAUGUGGAGUGGUCUCAUCUCCCACCUCAGGUCCUCGGUGACAGUGAAGCGUCGACGAGUCCACCUCAAGUCUCACAGCGACUGUUUCCUCGGCUCAGAGGCCGUGGACGUGGUGGCAGAACACAUACAUCUGGUCAAAGGCUUUGAGGGUGCCACCGUGUCCCGGGACAAAGUGGUGUGCGUGUGCCAGGCUCUGCUGGACUGUCAUGUGUUUGAGGCGGUGGGAACCAAAGUGUUUGGCAAAGACAGGAAGCAGGAUGUGUUUCAGGGCAGCAAGAGUGCUCUUUACAGAUUUGUAAGUGGGUGCACUCCUUCGGUCGAUGAGCUGGAAAGAGGUGCGCUUGUGAAUGGGAUCCAAAAGCUGUUCUGCAGUGCUCCUUCAGACAGGAAGGAGGAGGAGACCCGUCCCACUGGACCCCACGUUGGGGUGUCCACCCCUGUCAAAUGUUCUCAAACGUCCGUAAAAGCCAACCAGCUGGACCCUCCUGCCACCGCCAGCCUGUCGCUGGAGCCUCGGGUGGACAGUGUGAGUCCCAGCAGAGUGCAGACGGACACUGCUUUACCACAGUCACUGGUAGAUGAGGUGUGGUGGGAGCAGACCCUGCUCAGGCUCUUGAACCUGGUGGAGCUCCCCCUGCUGGAAGGAGUGCUUCAGUGCAGCCAGGCCCCGUCCUCUCCCCCUCGAUCAAACCUGCCGGCUCACAAGAACCCAGACCUGAUCUACAGCAGCAACCACCUGGACAGACAGAUCCUCAAGGCCUUCAGGGACUCUCAUGACAAUGAGUGGCUCCUCGCAGCUCUGGACUGUAUGGACUUCCUCCCUGAUCAGCCAGUGGUGGAGCUGAGCAGAGAGCUGCCUCACUGUUUCCUACAAGAUCAGGAGAGCUGCGAGCAAGUACCAGCUGACAGCAGCACACAGGAUGGAGUGCAGUCUCUGGAGUCUGUGUCCAUCCCGGCCAACAGCAGCGAUGAGCGGCCUCGUCUCUCACAGAGUGGCCUGGACGAGUGUAAGCUGCUGCUGUACAGGACCCUGGUGAAACACUACAGCCACACAGACAGGCCUCCACUGCUGCCCCAAUACAUGAUGGACAUAUACAUAGCCAUCACUGACCUGCUGGUGAAAGCGAAGUUGGGCACAGCUCUGGAGGCUCUGCAGCUGUGUCUGAGGCUGCUGCCUCCCGCCUGCAGAGACGAGCUGCGCAGGCUGCUUACAUUCAUGGCUCUGGCUGCUGACCCACAAGAGAUAAAACUGGACAAGGAGAUAGAGAACAGACUGACGGUGAAGAGGUCUUUCAUGAGGGCAGUCCUCCACAGCAAGUCGUUUCCAAAGGAAAAAGAGGAUCUGAUGGUGGUGUUCAUGCUCAGCAAUGUAAAAGAAAUAUUUAAGAUACCAGGGGCUCUACACAAAGGAGUGAGUGACAAGCUGGUCAGCCUCGUACAGGGGAAGCAGCCCGACGUGACUGGCUCCACAUUCUGUCAGUCGGCCUCCAGCAGGACCUAUACAGACUCGACAAAGAAUACCACCCACCAGGAGCUGUGGGCUCUUCUGAACAGCAUCCACCUGGACACCAAGAUUUCUGCCAAGGAGAGGAAGCGUCUACUGGGACAGUUUUACCAAGCCCACCCAGAGAUAUAUUACCAGUACUUUGGUGAAUUUUCUGUUGGGGUGCUGUAGAUUUGUGAAGACAGUGACAUAGCCUGUCUGUCUGUGAUGUCUUUAGCAGUCACUUUUCACCAUUAUCUGGUUUUGAUUAAUAUUUACUCAGUUAGAAACACGCUAAAUGACUGAAAGGAAUUAUUUGUGGCUGACAGUAAAUUAGAGUGGAGAUUGUAAAGAGGAAGGAUAUAUGGCAUAUGAUUACACUUGCAUGUGUGUAUUUGCUUUAUUGUUGAAAAAAAUAAAUAAACAGUUGAUACAUUC